AUGGAAAUCAUAGAGGAGGAUACUUGGGUCUGCUUAGAAGAUAACAGAAAUGAAUCCAAAAUUGUUAAAGUCAAUGAGAAAAAAAUGGUAGGUUGGAGAAAACAUAAAUUUGAUAUUGGUGUACUUCUUCAUAAAUAAUAUAAUACCUUUUGGAAAGUAGAUAAGACUAACGCAGUCGUAGAAAUAUCUUCAGAUUAAUUUUAUGAUAACACUGAUUUAGACAAUUAAAUUGAUGAUGCAAAUAUUGAAAUCACAAAAACAAAUAAAGAUCUUUUUGAUUUUAAUGAUUCAUAAAAGUUAACUUAAGAAGAGAUACUUUCAUUAAAAAAAUAGAAAGAAGGCGAAGAGAUCGUCGAUGAAGUCAUUCAAAAUAGUAAGACUUUCGAAUAAAAAACUGAAUUUUCUAAAGCCAAAUAUUUAAAGAGAAAGAAGGAAAAGUACAUUUGCUGUUUUAUGGUUUUAAAAACUACAAUUGAGAAUGUUCAUAAGACUCAAUUCUUAGAAACUCCUCAAAAACUUAAUUUUAUGAGAGUGGACAGUUUGGCAUUCUUUAUGUAAUUAUCAAGUAUUACUUAGAAUUCAAAUAUCCUUAUGUUCGAUAAUGCUAAUGGUAUUGCAGUUUCAGCUGUUGCAGAGAGAUUAGAUGGUGAAGGAUCGAUUUCAACUGUUUUUUGGAAUCACACAAAAUCAAACCUUAGGGAUUAUUGGCCAAUUUAAUAGAUGAAUUUCAGUGAAGAAAUUCUUAAGAGUAUAAAACUAAUUAAAAAUCUGGAGGAUAUUGAGAAAAACGAAAACAAAUAUACUCAUCUUUUGAUAGCUGGAGAGUUCAAAUUCACAGAGAUUUUUGAAAAAUACCUGAAAUUAGUAGCAGUGGGAGGAAUAAUUGUUGUAUUCAGUACAUAUUUGGAGAAAUUGCAUGAGGUAGCUGAAUAACUGCUAUCUUCGGGUCUCUGCGGCAAAAUCGAUGUUUUGGAUAGUUUCAUGAGAUACCAUUAAGUUUUGGAAAAUCGAACUCAUCCAAAAGUUGAAAUGAAUGCAUUUGGAGGCUAUUUAUUACAGACAUACAAAUUAAAAUGA